AUGUCUCACAUUUGUACGCAUAUUUUUAAAGUCGCAAUUUUCGUUUUGAGUGUAUUACAAUGUUUUAAUAAAGCAGUAGAUGGUAUAACAAUAAUAAAUCAAUAUAACAAGACCGGGCAUCACAUCCGCCGUUCGAGCGUGGACGACGGCUUCGUCAAGCAGAAGUCUUCAUACCGGUCCUUCCAACCGGUGUCCAUAAAAUACCACAAGGCCUACCCCAGAGAUGACCGGCCGGACUACGACAUCACCUCUUACGACACGGAGUACGGCGGCGUCGUGUCCAAUUUUACGUCUUCCAUUUACGAUGACAACCCGCAGCUUUAUCCGAACCCUGAAUAUAUUUCGAAGAACAACCAAGGUUUGUUUAAAACCCAAGAAAGUCAAGACACGAAACCCCAGGAACAAGAGGUGGAGAUACCUGAUGAUACAUUAGCUGAUGCUGAUCUGAAGGAGCAUAAUAUUAUUGACAGUGUAACGUAUUUGUACGGAUUCAAUAGCUGUCACGGAGUUAGAAAUGAGUGGAUGAUUUUGAUAUUCAUCACAAGCGGUAUCGCAAUAAUUCUAUUGGUUGCUACUGUAAUGUGGCUGAUGUGGAGUGAAUAUACGGCGGAGUUUAGAAAAAAUAGCAAACUCUAUCCGAUCAAUAUAAACCUCUGCUGCUGCAUGACCGCUUGCACCCUGAUCUACAUACAAGCUGUUAUGGGGGUUUCCUCACCAUCUCAAUGCGAGAGGAUUGCGUUACUUCUCCACUACACACAUAUAUCCUGCGCUAUGUGGAUAGUGGCUCUCGCAGCCGCUGUGGCUGAGUACUGCGCUUGCGAUUCUUUGUUGCCGCUAAAGUAUAACUAUUUGCUGGCAUAUGGAGUACCUGCUAUUGUUGUUAUGUUCAACUACGCUCUAUCUAUGGAGCACUACGAGAUAAAACAUUACUGUUGGAUGUCGAUCGAAAAAGGCAUGGUCAUGGGUUUCAUGGUACCUGCCAUGAUUCUCAUCCUUAUAAAUACGGGAAUCAUAAUACUCGGCCUUCAAAGCGUGAACAAAAAGCAAGCUGAAAUGCUAACGGCAAAAAUACAGGAAUUAGUCGACCAUCAUAUUGCGAAUUGGCCUAAAAACGAGCAAAUUGAGGAGAAUAAAAACGGGAGUUUGGAAGAUAUUUAUUCCCCGGGGAGCAGUAGGAAGAAUACCGAUAGUUCUGAUACGCUGGAUAAGGAAUACGGCAUGAGCGAGGACGAUAUUGGCGGGUCCAAUGGAGACGUGAACGGGGAAGGAAAUGAGUCAAAUCCGGCAAAGACAAUACAAGACAAAGGCCUUCUUAACAUGCUGUACAUGGACACUCUGUCCUGGAAAUGGAGCUGGAACACUGAAGGAAAUGAGUUAAAAGCCUACCUGAACUUAUGUUUGGUUUUGGAGCCAUUCUUCGCCAUAAAUUGGGUUAUGGGCGUUGUGGCGAUUGAAAAUGCUGCCCAUUGGUCUACGCCGACGAUUUACCUCAUUCUUGUGGUCGCUAUGUAUGUUUACCUGACGGCUACACUCUGCACCACGCUGCCUAUCGUGAGGAACAAGAACGCGUGCUGCGAGGAAGUCGUCACUGAGCCGCAAGUCGCCCGCACCAGGACCACAGACAGCAUCCCGCUACUGGACCCCACGAUUCAGCAACCGAAUGUGACUCCAGCUCCGGCCGACACCAUCAGCACUAUAAGCAUAUAACUUCAGGAUUAUGAACCUUGGGUUCAGAAUUCUACGGUUGAUGAACAACCGUCCAAAGAUAGGUGUGAGGACACCGUCUUUUAAGACUUCGUGUCUAAAAAAUGUGUGACUUUUUUUUAAAGCAUACACCGUGUUUU